GAUGAAUUAAAUGAUCAGGAAGCCAGCAAUCAGUCGGAGGCAACAAGACUUGCUGCGCAGGAAAUACAAAAGCUAGUCGAAGAAAAGCAAAAUUUAGCGAAGUUUUUACAACAGCAGGUAUUGGCAAUGUUUUUGUCACACACAUUUUAUAUCCUUCAUCGAUGAAACAGGUGCCGAACUUCAUGCUAUUCCACUAUUCCGUAAACUUGGAAAAAAGUGAAAUCUCUGGAUGCUGAGGAAAAUUUUUGCACACAGUCUAAGGGAAUCGUAAUAUCACACUCCUUAUCUGUCAUUGGAGACAUGUAAUAUUAAACAAUCAAUUAUACUUUGUACAGUAAAAUUUUCCAUUGUUUUUACGGACUUUACGUUUCCUGGUUUGCCCACCUUUGGAAAACAUGGCUAGAAAAAAACGUUUCCUGUUUUGCCAUGGACAAUAUUCGGUAAUCUCGCAAACACUUCAACCAAAUAUUUUUGAUGGAAGAAUGAAAUUUAUCAACUAGGAGUCUAUAGCACAGUAGCUUACAGUUGUUCUUUCUUUGUUUCUGAAUUCUAGAGCGAUAUGAACGACAAAUUAAAUCGGUAAAUAUUUUACUAUACGUUAUAUCGGGGAGCUCCAUAAUAAUAACGGGAAAUACAAGUUUGAGAUUAUAAUCAUGAAACAGCUAAGCAAAACUGUUUUUGUAAAGGGAAUAGUAUGUAGAAUGUAGUUGCGGUUGUCGAUGGGUGCUGCUCAACGAUGGCUUUCCCAAAAAAAGCUUUCCCUUCAAUUAGUGACUUGCACAAAAGGCUUCAAAUAUCUCAUAUGGCAGGUUAGAAGACGGAAAUCUAUAGCCCUCAUAUUAUUAUUAGAUUUUUUAAAUACUGAACACUGAUUCGCAACUUACAAGGUAUAACUUACAAUUUUACCCGCACGAUGUCUCGCAUACUUACAUUGCAGAAAUGCAUCAAUCCCUCCAUUAAAUGAGCUUAGAUCCCCCACUCAUGAUUUACUACACUCCCAUUCAUAUUAAUGUUCAACCCAUUUGAAUUUAUUCAGUGAACUAGCCGAGGAUGAAACAAAAAUUGCCGAGCUUGAACGCAUGGUGACGAACUUAAGCCGAGAGUCUCAAGACAAACGAGAAUUGUUAGAAAGUAUUCAGAGUGACAAAGAGACAAUCAGCAAGUGAGUAUAGAAAUGUAGGGUUUCGUUCCCCCAGUGAACUCAAUCUAUUUACCUGGAAUGAUAACAUCACAGAGUAGAGACAUACAGAGACGUAACUGACCGUUGUAAACACUGCGGAAGAUUACGUUAUCAUGUACCCACUUUUUUUCAGGCGACCGGGCGAAAAAUGAUCAACUGCGCAUGCUCAGCAAGUUUAAAGUGAGUCGUCAUCAGAUCGUCAUCCAAUCAGAUGCAUGCAUCUAGUAACUUGCCGAGCAUGCGUACAAAAAAAGUGGGUACACUAGUUACGUCUCUGUCUGUCUCUACUCUGUGAUAACAUUCAGUCAUUUGGCUAAAAAGUGAAGCCUCGCGUGAGCACGCGUGAGCAGUGGCUCAGCUCUCCACGCCAUUCCCACGCCAUAUAGUACGUCAGUUUCAAUCCCCUUAUACGCCAUCACCUCGCGCGCAUAGAGAUUAUAAAUAACACUAGAGGAGUCAUCGAGUUUAAAAAAUGGGAACGCAGCUAAUGGGGGCAAAUUCAAGUCCCGGAUAUAAAAUCGUGCUCUUAUUGGCUGAUUUGAAACUCGUCACCAAUGGGAACACGAAUACACAUCCGGGACUUAAAUUUGCCCCCCAAUAGUCGCGUUCCCUUUUUUUUACUGAAUUAAUAUUACAAUGCCUCCUCUAGUGUUAUUUAUAAUCUCUAUGCUCGCGCGGUCAAUUGCCACGCCAUAUAGUACGUCAGUUUCAAUCUCCUUAUACGCCAUCACCGCACGCGGUCAAUUGCCACGCCAUAUAGUACGUCAGUUUCAAUCUCCUUAUACGCCAUCACCGCACGCGGUCAAUUGCCGCGCCAUAUAGUACGUCAGUUUCAGUCCCCUUAUACGCCAUCACCGCGCGGUCUAUCACGAAUCAGCGCGCGUCAAGUGGCGUUGGCAUUGGCUUCACGUUUCUCUCGCAUGUUAUCAUUCCAGAUAAAGACAUGGAGUCCACUGCGUUCCCCUGCACCAUUUGUGAUGGCCGUGUUUUUCACGAUGAAAUAGACAACUUGCAUGUUAAACUAAUGUUUGAUCUAGGCAAAGAAAAAAGUAAAUUUUCAUAAAUAAAUUAUUAAAAUUGCAAAAUUUGGUUGCGAAAUGUUGUAAGGCUUGGAAAAUAUAGACUUGCGAAGUUUGCAAAUUUUGUAUAUGUUUGUAUUACGUGCGGAAAUUGUUACCAUUUUUGAGCCGAAAAUGGUAACAAUUUCUCCACGUAACACAAACAUGUACGAAAUUUGCAAACUUUGCAAGGCUAUAUUUUCCAAGCUUUAUAUCAAUUCGCAACCAAAUUUUGCAAUUUUACUAAUUUCAUUAUGUUCUUUUUAGCUGUGGUGUGAUUCCCUUCUCUCUACUUAUAUUAGAAUUUAGUCUAACAUGCAAGUUGUCCAUUGCAAUAGCUGUGAUUUUUACAUGCACAAUUAAUAUUGAAUAACUUAACUGUAACUUUAAUAAGUUUGCCACCUCGAGUAACUCUAUUUAGCCAAUAUUAUAAUAAUAUAAACAUGGAUGUUACCUGUUCAGUUUGGGUCAAAUUUUGACUCUAUCCAUCAUUUCAAGAGGAAGUGCAAGAAUCUCAGGAGAGAUGCGCACAUCUUAACCUCCCCUCAACCUUUUUUGCAUUUAUUCUUAAGAGCAUUACAGCAAAACAAAGAAUUAAAGGAACAGCUUGGCCAACUCGAAACACGUUUCGUCGAAAUGGUAAGUCACACAUUAGACUGUGUUAAAAAAUUUAUUUUCGAAGGAAAAGUAUUACAGAAUUACAGGCCUUUCCGAAUGGACCAUUGCUUGCGCAAACUUAUUUUCGUAGCAAUUCGAUGCGCCAUUUUGCAUUAUACAUUUCACGCCAACCGUCUAUUUUGAUUGACUGCUGGUAUCGAUAAAUCAAGACUUUUAAUCGUACAGUACGUCAUUGGAAACCUUCACCCGGCUGACUUUGACAGAAUUGGGCAAUUUGUCAAGUGUACUCAAUGUUUUUUGUAAAGAUUAGGCCCUCAGAUUAGGCCAAGGGUUUCAGCAACUAUAUAGGCCCCCUGGCAUACCCGGUGCAUAAGAUAGUAGUAAGAUAGUAAUUUUAUCUUCUCGUGGCGAAGCAUGUAAAGUGUAAAUUCCAAGAAAUAGACAAUUCUCAUUAUGGACUAAUUUUGAAACUAGGCAAGGAGAUGCAAAUAAAUCACCACAGCUAGAAAGAGCAUACUAAAAUGAGUAAAUUUACGAAUUUUGAUUGCGAAAUGUUGUAAAAUGCGGAAAAUAUAGCCGUAGGCUAUAGCCGUAGCCGUAUAGCCGUAGCCGUAGCCGCUAGGCCGUAGCUGUGUUGAUUUAUUUGCAUCUCCUUGCGUAGUUUUAAAAUUAGUCUAUAAUGGGAAUUGUCUAUUGAAUAAAUUCCAAAAAUGUUACUGUGUAGCAUGAUAGCUUAAAAAAUAACGUAUUAAUAUACGAAAAUUUGUGGAGCCACUGUACUAGAAAUAGUCCAAGGACAAAUCGAGUAAAUAUUUGUUAAAUUUAGAUGGAAACUGGAUGAGAAAUUAGUAUAGGUUGUCUUGCUUUCUCGUGCAGAGUAAAUUGAAUGCGUAAUAAUGGACCAAUCCUAUAUAUUAAUCAACAUUUUGAUCUCAAAAAGUCUAGACAAAAUUUCAUCACAGCUUGA